UUGUGGUGUCGCCGCUUAUAAAACGCGUUUUAAACGGAAAGACAGAAAGAGAGGAUGUUAGCAUUAGCUUAGCUGUUAGCUUAGCUGUUAGCAUUAGCCAGGAAGCUAACAGCUAAGCUAUUAAAAGCUCUUGUGACUUCCUCCUCUUCCUCCUUCUCCUCUUCAAAACCGAAACUAUCUCAUCUCAGGACGUUUAUCUAAACUUGUAGGAAAUUAAAUGAGGUAUUAAUGGAUUAAAACACGAGAUCCUAAUAGUUUUAAGUUACUGGGAAUAACAGAAAGACUUUGAAACUGUUUGUGUGGCGUCGUUGUUGAGAAGAUUAUGGGAAGGAAGUCUGUGUGUAUGUGAGUAAACACGGUGUUCAAGAGCAAAGUAAGAUGAAGUCUUCCUGAACAAACCUCCCAAAAUGGCGCUUCUCUGACAUUUUUUUUUUACCCUUUUAAAGUCUUCAGUUUUUAUAUAAUUUCCAAGGAGAGAGGAGAAGCAUUGCCACAAUGACAGUCACUUACAACCGCUGGGCCCUCCUAGUUUUCACCAUAACAGCAUGCAGCCGCUUUGAGCCUGCCCUCUGCUCCGCACGCUGUGGGCAUGCCCUCCAAGUCUUAGACAGUAAAGUGGGAGAGAUAAGGAGUUCUGCUUACCACAGCUGGUCCUACCGCUUUGGAGCUACCUAUGACUGCUGGAUCAUCAAGGGUUCGGAAGGAGAACCCAUUGUUCUCAGCUUUUCCCAGUUUUCAGCGCGGUGCAGGAAAGAAUGGGUGUCUAUAAAAUCAUCAGCUGGCGGUGAGCCGCUUGUACUUUGCGGCUCCAAGUUGCCGCAACCAAUGGAGUUCCCCGGGGGAAAUAUUACAGUGAUGCACCACUUCCUCCCGCAUCUGUUCCCUGUGUCGUCUUUUCUGUUGAGCUACGCCAGAGACUCUGGUGAAUGCCCAGACACAUCCUUUGAGUGCCUCGGCGGCCGCUGCCUUCCUCUCUCUUGGCGCUGUAACGGCCAGGUGGAGUGUCUAGGUGAAGGUGCGGGCCUCGGCACCGAUGAACAGGGCUGUGGUUUUGAAGCGGAGACCCCAGAACCCCCAAAGUACGGCAGCACACAGGCAGAAGAGGCCAAAGCAGAGGCGUACACAGAGAAGAACCGCGAUAGGGACUCUGAGAGAUAUAUUUCGGAUUCUGACUCUGAUCUGUGGGCGCUGCUGAAGGAGAGGGAGGAGGAGGAGGCCCGGGUGGAUCGAGAGCAGCCUCACACUCACAGGGAGCCCGUUGUGACGCCCACUCCCAUUGAGUGGCCCUGCGGAGGGCUCCUCCAGACCUUCUACGGGACCUUCUCCCCUCCAGCUAUCCGGGGCCCAGCGCUCUUCUGUGUCUGGACUCUGGACCCGCAGGACUCGAGGCCACUGAGACUGGACCUGCAGCAGCUGGUGCUGGGACCUGGGGACAGACUCACCGUGUACAACAGAGAGCAAGGCAAAGGAGACAUUAUUAAAAUUAUCACUAGCGCCUCCAAUUACAAAUCAGUCCAAGUUGAAUCCCAUACUGGUCUGCUGUCCAUGAUGUAUGAGACUCUUCCUGACUCGCAGGGGAGCGGCUUCAACGCCACCUUCCACGUCGGGACCUACUGCCCCCCUUGGGAGGGCCGGUGUGGGGGAGCAGCAGGAGGAUGCUUUACCCAGGAGCAACGUUGCGACGGGAAAUGGGACUGUUCCGAGACGGGGAAGGACGAGGAGGGGUGCAAGGGCUGCAGUGUGAACCAGUUCGCCUGCGGAGUGGCGGGGCAGAGGACGGUGGCAUCCGGUCACUUUGCUGGCAGACCGGUGUGCUACCCAGUCACAGAGAGAUGCAACUACCAGCUGUACUGUGCUGACGGCAGCGACGAGAGGGACUGCACCGUGUGUCAGCCGGGGACCUUUCAUUGUGACAGCGACAGGUGUGUGUUCGAGAGCUGGCGCUGCGAUGGCCAGGUGGACUGUAAGGACGGAACAGACGAGCUCAACUGCACCGUCAUCUUGCCCCGCAAGGUCAUCACCGCGGCAACAGUGGGCAGCCUGGUCUGCGGGCUUCUGCUGGUUAUCGCCAUGGGCUGCACCUGUAAACUGUACUCGCUCAGGACCAGGGAGUACAGCUUAUUUGCACCAAUCAGCCGGCAGGAAGCGGAGCUGAUCCAGCAGCAGGCUCCUCCCUCCUACGGUCAGCUGAUUGCACAGGGCAUCAUCCCCCCAGUGGAGGACUUCCCCACAGAAAACCCCAAUGAGACCUCGUCUCUUUCUCUGAGGGGAAUUCUCCAGCUCCUCCGUCAAGACGCCGCCAACUCCCCACACCGCAGACGCAGGCCCCGAUUCGUCCGCCGGGCUGUUCGGCGCAUGAGGAGGUGGGGCCUAAUCCCCAGACCUCCAUCCAGGGCGAGUCAGGCGUCAAGCUCCGGCCAGCAGCCGUCGGAUGCCACUCCUUCUGGACAGGAACCGGCUCUCUCCACUCCCACCAGCUCCUCGUCGGCCGUGGAGGCGGUCAACCAGCCGGUGCCUCAGAAACUUGGCUUGUUGGCUCAGUCAGAGCAGCAGCAGCAGCAGCAGGAAGCACCGACUCCUCUACUGCCGCUGCCACUCCCGUCUGUCGCUUCCCCGCCUCCGCCUCCGUACGCUCCCCCAGCUCCAAGCCCGGUCACUCCCCACACUCCUCCUGUCGCCGUCCCCCCGAGCAGCCCCUCUCUGGCCUCCAUCUUCCACACACUGGGCCUGAGCAUCUCCCUCUUUAGAGCCUCGCCCUCUUCCUCCUCCUCCAACUCCAUGCGCCUCUCCGCCUCCCCGUCUUUCUCCUCCUCCUCGUCCUCCUCAGAUGACGAGGUGCUGCUUAUCCCCCUGUCUGAAGACACCACUUCAGAGGAUGACGUGCCCAUGCUUACCUGAAUGACACCCACCCAGUACUCCCCACACCCCUCCUUUAUCUCCUUCACUCACAACAGUCUUUCCACAGUUGUUUGAACUUAAGCACAGGAGUGGCCCACAGCGAGACUCACCCGCACUGUGCAAGUCUGGUGCCUUUUUGAAAUUGCUUUGAGUUGUUGACUUAUGGAAUCAAGUAUUUGACCUUUUUUUUUUUUUAAAAAGACCUCCUUGAGAAAAUAUAAUUUUUAGACGAAAAGCAUGGCUGCCGUAUGUUUGACAGCAAGUGUAGGUGAGUAUUUGAUGUGCACUUACUUAACGCUAGGCUGCACACUGAAGGUAAACUUUUGCACAGAAGAAUCUUCCCUAUCCAGAAACUGAGGCAGGCUACUGUCAGAUUGAAUGAUUAGAGUUUUUAGAUGACAUGAUGGAAAACAUUGUGUUUGUAUGACUGCAACUGUGUGAAUGCAUUUGCAUUUCUAGUCUUACAUUGACAGUGGAGUAUGUUUGUCUCCACAUACUUCUGCCACUUGCAUCUCAUGUUAUAUCACAGAUAAUUCUAAAAAGAAAAAAAUCCCCUAUUUAAGUGCCUUUUUGAGGAGUUUCCUGUAGAUGGUUCCUGAGAUUCACACUGCACACCAAAACACACGGAGGCACAUGUUUUCUCCUUAGACUGUAUAUAAAGAUGGACGACACGUCUCCACUUCCUCCCACUGUACAGAGUUGAAGCCAAAAUAUCCUGGAUACGGGAGCUGCCACCUUGACGUCAUUUGGAUCAGAGCCUGAUCGGGCGUGGUAUCGGGGUCAAAUAUCGUGGAAAAAAUUUAUUUGACGUGUACUUUGACUUUUUAGUUUGGCCCACUAACAUGGAGGAGGCGGGAUUUAUGACCUAAUACUGCAGCCAGCCACCAGGGCAAAGA